AUGCAAGCAACAGAUUAUCGUCUUGUGCGUACGAAGAUAACUCCGGGAAUUAUGUUUGGUAUUAAACAUUCGGUACUUCCAAAAGCAGUCGAUCAUUACUUUUCAUAUUGGUUAUAUGGACAACGGAAGUCGACAAAGCAAUUUCUUGUGGAUUUACCAUGCUCGACGCCUUGUUUGGCAUGUUCAGGAGAAAGUCCUCAACGAGAAGUUGAUAUUUCAUUAUUAAAUGUCGAUUUUGAUUCAUUCUUGCACUGUUUACCUUUGUUUAAUCAGGCACAAUUAUCUCUACUGUAUUCUCUACUUGACGAUGAUCGAUUAGUUUAUGAGAAUACCAUUCGACAACAGUAUGACAAUUAUAAACAAAUACUACUUGAGAAUUUACAAAAUAAACUUCGUUUUGUUGAAUAA